UUCAACACAUUUCAUUUCACCCGGCACACUUCAGCUGCUUCACCAUUCUUCCAACUUUCUUUCGUGUUUUCUUUUAGCAAUGAUCGUAAAUAUAGCGAUUGUCGUGGCAAGUGGUUUUCUAGGAUGGGCUUAUAUCCGAUUCAAGCCACCGCCUCCUAAAAUUUGUGGGUCACCAGGUGGUCCUCCUAUUACUUCACCUCGAGUCCAACUUGAUGAUGGAAGACAUUUAUCUUAUAAAGAGUGGGGUAUCUCCAAGGAUGUCGCUAAACAUAAAGUCAUUGUAAUUCAUGGUUUUGAUAGUUCCAAAGAUUUGAAAUUGCCUAUUUCUCAGGAACUUAUUGAGGAAUUGCAAAUUUACAUGGUAUCAUUUGACAGGGCGGGUUAUGGAGAGAGUGAUCCACAUCCAAAACGAACUGUUAAAAGUGAAGCGUAUGAUGUUCAAGAACUAGCUGAUAAGUUGCAGAUUGGUCCCAAGUUCUAUGUGAUUGGAUUAUCAAUGGGUGCCUAUGUUGUUUGGAGUUGCCUCAAAAACAUACCACAGAGGUUGUCAGGAGCUUCACUUGUCGUACCAUUUGUGAAUUACUGGUGGCCUUGUUUACCUGCUAAGUUGGCUAAAGAAAGUUUUGAGCGACUGCUUGUUCAAGAUCGGUGGGUGUUUCGUGUAGCACGUUAUGCCCCAUGGCUGUUUAACUGGUGGAUGGAGCAAAAGUUGUUUCCAGCACUGAGUAUAAUGGCUGGAAAAAUGGAUAUAUUUUCCCAAUCAGAUUUGGAGUUUUUGAAGAAUUUGCCACCAAACUCAGAUGGAACUCAGGAAAGGAUACGUCAACAAGGUGUUUAUGAAUCUCUGUAUCGUGACAUAAUGGCUGGCUAUGGAAAAUGGGAGUUUGACCCGUUCGAUAUAAGCAAUCCUUGGCCAAACAAUGACGGUGCUGCUCAUAUUUGGCAGGGCUAUGAUGAUAAAAUCAUACCAUAUAAAGUAAACCGCUUUCUCUCUGAAAAGCUUCCUUAUCUUCGGUAUCAUGAGGUUCAGGGUAAAGGGCAUUUGUUACCUUUUGAUGACAGUUUAUGUGAAGAAAUUUUUAGGACACUUGUGGCAGGAUGAACCAAUUUAUGCUAGUAACAUCAUGCAUGCGUAUCCUACUAAAUUAUGCUUUAAUAUUGAAAAACGUAUAUUCAUGUAUUGUGAUAAAAGUCCAUUACUAGCUAAAUAGUAUGUUGAAUGUCGGUUUUCAUUUUCAAUAAUGUAAACAUAGCUCAAUAUCUAGAUUAAUAUUUCUGAUA